UCCAACCAAACAAAGCCUUCAUUUCUUUCUCCGAAAAAAAAAAAACCCAAAUCCGCCAUGGUUGCAGAUUCGAAGCUUCCGCUGCAGAGCAGCAACAACGCGAACAUGAAACCCUCGAAAACAAUCGAAGAAACCUACCAAAAGAAAACCCAAUUAGAACACAUCCUCCUCCGACCCGACACCUACAUCGGCUCAAUCGAACAACACACUCAACGUCUCUGGGUUUACGAGAACGACGAGAUGGUCCACCGUGACAUUAAAUUCGUUCCAGGUCUUUACAAAAUCUUUGACGAGAUCUUAGUCAACGCCGCCGAUAACAAGCAACGGGAUCCGUCGAUGGAUUCCCUUAAGGUCGUGAUCGACGCCGAACAGAACUUGGUCUCUGUUUAUAAUAACGGAGAUGGAGUUCCCGUUGAGGUUCAUCAGGAAGAAGGGGUUUACGUUCCGGAAUUGAUUUUCGGGCAUUUGUUAACGAGUAGUAAUUAUGAUGAUACCGUAAAGAAGACAACCGGAGGGAGAAAUGGGUACGGUGCUAAGCUCACCAAUAUCUUUUCGACUGAGUUUGUUAUUGAAACCGCUGAUGGGAAACGGCUAAAGAAGUAUAAGCAGGUGUUUUCAAACAACAUGGGAAAGAAAUCUGAACCUGCUAUAACCAAGUGUAAGGAGGGUGAGAACUGGACCAAGGUUACAUUUAAGCCAGACUUGGCCAAAUUUAACAUGACUCACUUGGAGGACGAUGUGGUUGCAUUGAUGAGGAAGAGGGUGUUUGACUUAGCCGGUUGUCUUGGCAAGACUGUGAAGGUUGAGCUGAAUGGGAAGCGCAUUCCUGUGAAAUCAUUUCUUGAUUAUGUCAACCUUUACCUUAGUGCUGCCUCUAAAAAUAAGCCAGAACCUCUCCCAAGGAUUAUAGAGAAAGUUAAUGCGAGAUGGGAAGUUUGUGUAAGUCUCAGUGAAGGGCAGUUUCAACAGGUCAGCUUUGUUAAUGGGAUUGCUACAAUCAAGGGUGGAACCCAUGUUGACUAUGUUACUAAUCAGAUAUCUAAUUAUGUGAUGAAUGUUGUAAAUAAGAAGAACAAGAAUGCUAAUAUCAAAGCACAUAAUGUGAAGAACCAUCUGUGGGUUUUUGUCAAUUCUCUUAUUGACAACCCUGCUUUUGAUUCUCAAACCAAGGAAACUUUGACACUUCGUCAGAGCAGUUUCGGCUCUAAAUGUGAACUUUCAGAAGAUUUUUUGAAGAAAGUUGCAAAGUCUGGAGUUGUGGAUAGUUUGCUCUCGUGGGCAGAAUUCAGGCAUAGCAAAGAUCUUAAGAAGACUGAUGGAACGAAGUCAGGAAGUAUUCGUGGGAUCCCCAAGCUAGAUGACGCCAAUGAAGCUGGAGGGAGGAAUUCUGAUAAAUGUACUUUGAUUUUGACAGAAGGAGAUUCAGCAAAAUCUCUUGCGGUGGCUGGGCUUGCUGUUGUAGGCCGUAAUCACUAUGGUGUCUACCCAUUGAGAGGUAAACUUCUCAAUGUGAGGGAAGCCAGCCAUAAGCAACUUAUGGAUAAUGCAGAAAUACAAAAUCUCAAGCGGAUUCUCGGACUGCAGCAGGGCAAGGAGUAUUCUAGUGUCAAGUCUUUGAGAUAUGGGCAUUUGAUGAUAAUGACUGAUCAGGAUCAUGAUGGUUCCCAUAUUAAAGGGCUACUGAUCAAUUUCAUUCAUUCCUUCUGGCCGUCACUGCUAAAAGUUCCAUCAUUCAUGGUUGGGUUUAUAACUCCAAUUGUGAAGGCAACUCACAAAAACAAAACUGAGUUAUCCUUUUAUUCCAUGCCUGAGUACGAGUCUUGGAAGGAAAGUUUGGGGGGUAAUGCAAAGGGCUGGUCAAUUAAGUACUAUAAGGGGUUGGGAACAAGCACAUCAAGGGAAGGAAAGGAAUACUUUAAAGAUCUUAACAAGCACAAGAAAGAAUUUGUGUGGGAAGGUGACCAGGAUGGGGAUGCAAUAGAGCUUGCAUUUAGUAAGAAGAAGAUAGAAGCAAGGAAGAAUUGGCUGCGACAGUUUGAGCCUGGCACUCACCUUGAUCACAAUCAGACGCUCAUCAAAUAUACUGACUUCAUUAAUAAGGAACUUAUUCUGUUUUCCAUGGCUGAUCUUCAAAGGUCAAUUCCUUCAAUGGUUGAUGGCCUGAAGCCUGGUCAAAGGAUCCUUUUCUGCUCUUUCAAGAGGAAUUUUGUCAAAGAAGCAAAGGUUGCUCAAUUUUCUGGUUAUGUUUCAGAGCAUUCUGCUUACCAUCAUGGUGAGCAGAGUCUUUCGAGUACCAUUAUUGGAAUGGCACAAGAUUUUGUGGGCAGUAACAAUUUGAACCUUCUCCAUCCAGGUGGUCAAUUUGGCACUCGUAACCAGGGUGGCAAAGAUGCUGCGAGUGCUAGGUACAUAUUUACCAAUCUUUCUCCCAUUACUCGAUAUCUGUUCCCCAAGGAUGAUGAUGGCCUGCUAGACUACUUGAAUGAAGAUGGUCAAUCCAUUGAGCCAACCUGGUAUGUGCCUAUUAUACCAAUGGUUCUCGUCAAUGGAAGUGAAGGAAUUGGGACAGGGUGGAGCUCUUACAUUCCAAACUAUAACCCGAGAGAUAUAGUUGCAAAUGUGAGGCGUUUGUUGAAUGGUGAAGAAAUGGAGCCCAUGCAUCCAUGGUACAGAGGAUUCAAAGGGUCUAUUGAGAAAACUGCAUCAAAGGAAGCUGGUGUUACCUACACUGUUAGUGGAAUUAUAGAGGAGGUUGAUGAGACCACACUCAGAAUAACGGAACUGCCAAUACGUAGAUGGACUCAAGAUUAUAAGGAGUUUUUGGAUUCCAUCAUAACGGGAAAUGAUCCUUUCAUUAAGGAAUUUAGACAAUAUGGUGAUGAUACAACUGUAGAGUUUGAGAUUACCUUGACUGAGGAGAACUUGAUGAUAGUCAAGCAAGAGGGCUUGCUAAAGAAGUUUAAGCUAACAACAGCAAUUAGCACAAGUAACAUGCACCUGUUUGAUUCGAGAGGGAUGAUUAAGAAAUACGACACUCCAGAGGAAAUUCUUGAGGAGUUUUUUCACUUAAGGUUUGAAUUUUAUGAGAAAAGAAAGGUAAGCUCAUCUUCAUGCACGCACCUAAAGUAUUUUAUUUGGACAGAGAUACUGAUUAAAACCUAUCAUAUGCUGCAGAAAUUUCUGUUGUCCAAUCUUGAAAUGGAGUUGCUGAAAAUGGAAAACAAAGUUCGGUUUAUCCUUGGUGUUGUAAAGGGGGAAAUCAUUGUAAACAACAGAAAGAGAGCUGACCUAUUCCUUGAGCUGCAAGAGAAAGGUUUUACUCCUUUUCCAAAGAAGUCUAAAACUGUUGAAGUAGACGUGGCUGGGGCUACUGAUGAUACAGAGGAAACUGAGGAGAACUCUGAGGUUAGCGCAAAAGGAGCAACGGCUAGUGAUUAUGACUAUCUAUUGUCCAUGCCAAUUGGAAGUCUGACCCUCGAGAAGGUCAAUGAGCUUUGUUCUGAUAGGGAUAAGAUCCAGCAGGAUGUUGAAGAUUUGAGGAAAGCCACUCCAAAGUCUUUAUGGCUGAAAGAUCUCGAUGAUCUCGAGAUGCAGCUUGAUGAGCAAGAUAAAGCUGCUCAGGCAGAGGAAGAGGGAAAAGUAGUUAAAGGCAAAGCAAAGGGUGAAGCUGGAAAGAGGGCUCAGAGACAAGCACCUAAAAUCCCACGGAAGAUAAAUAAGAAAGACAACAAUGCACAAGCUGUUAGAGAAACCUUGGAAAAUUCAUCCAGUUCAGCAAUGGAAACAGAGAAUGUUCCAGCUGUGGUGAAGCCCAAAGGCAGGGGUGGCUCAAAGAAGGCGAAAAAGGAUGACAGUGACGACGACGAUGAGGACUUUGGUAUUCCUGAUCUAAGGGAGCGACUUGCCAAGCAUAACAUUCAGUCCUCUCCCGAUCAUUCAGCUGAUAUGGAAACUGAAGUGCCCCAAGAACCAGCUGGGAAGAAAGAACCUAGCAAAAGGGCUGUUGCUAAGAAGAAGCCAGUAACAUCUCUUUCAGAGAUUUCUGAGAGCAUAGCUGAAAUCGACAUCAGUGAUGAAGACUUGGAGGUAGUAGCAGCUCAAGAAGCAGGAAAGAAAGGAAGGAAACCUGCCGCCAAUUCAAAAGCAGCUAAGCCCUCUGCAGUGGCCAAGAAAAGAGGGCCAGCAGCAGGCAAGCAGACUCAAGCACAGCAGAAGCUUUUAACAGAAAUGCUGAAGCCCGCAGAAGAUUCCGGUAUAUCCCCAGAGAAGAAGGUGAGGAAGAUGAGGGCAUCUCCAUUUAACAAGAAAAGUGGUUCAAUCUUAGGCAGGGUUGGGAAAGAGCUAGAGACAACAACUGACAGUGAAGAAACACUUGGUUCCUCCUCUAUGUCUGAAAACAACACAGAAGAAGUGACUGAGGUUAUCCAACCAAGAUCCAGACCUCAAAGGCUCAACCGCAAGCAGACAAUUUAUGUGGAUAGUGGUUCAGAGACUGACAAUGCCACCAAUGAUGAUGAUUCGGAUUUUGAGGAAGAUGAAGAUUAAAUAACUGGAUGUUUUUCCUCUGUUCAGGAACAUGAACUAUUAACACUAGUAGUUAUCUAGAACUGGGAUUAAUGGGAAAUUGGGGCUUGUUUCACUUUGAACUUUUUACCCUUGUUGUCUUUGAUGAUUGAAGCGUGUAAAUUAAAAUUCUAGCUGUUGAAUGUAAUGAAUGACUACGAUUUUGCUUUCCAGCGGCCACUGAGGAGAUUAACAAACCCAUUUUCAUUUUUGAUUUCCUUCAGCCAGUGAGCCAGCAGUGGAGGUACUUCUGCUCUCUUUGAAACACUUUUGCUUUGAAAUCUUGUUGAUAAUGGAUUGUAUUAUGGGGAGAAUUAACUUGUCAACUACAGCAUCAUUUACU